UGUUUCGUAUGCGACGCGCGUUUUGUAUCUGUUUUGGCGCGAAAAAAGAAAACAAAAUUUGGAAAAUUUGCAGAAAUUUACGCCGAAACAAAUGUAGCAGCGUUUUGUACGCGAAAAAGGUUUCUAUAAAAAAAUCACUGAAAUGAGUACCUUUAUCAAACCCAAAGUUAACCUCACAACCCUCAUCAAAAACGGUAAAAAAGUGCCGAUUAUAAACUACAAGAAUGAUGUCGAUGAAGUGAAAAAUGAAAAACGAAAUGACGACCCGGGAAUAACCGUUGUACCGUUUGCGAGAACGUCUCAAACUGUUCGCCGAGGCGAAGAUGAAAUUGAGGCGGAAAGUCAUCGAAAAGAAAACACACCAGAACAUGGGAGGGCGAAACGAAGGCUUGAAUUUCCAUGGGAUGUUGGCAGUGAGCUGGAGAAAGAAAACAAAGAAAUCACUGACGCAGAUGAGCUUUGUUUAGGAGCGGGCAUUAAAAUGGUUAAGGGAAGAGCAGCAACGCGAGAAAACACACUAAAGCGUGCAUCUGAUAUUUCCAUCUCGUUCAAAGAAGAGCUACCACACCCGUCAAAACUGAAGAAAAAGAAGCGAAAUAUUCAACACAAUACACAAAGGCAAAAAAAGGGGACCGAUGUGUACGCCCAUGUGGCCCAGCUCAGGCGAAAGAAAGCAGAAUUUAACUGGCUUCCAACAGCAUGCCAGUCAACAGACAAUGGGCUGUCACAACCAGAACUCAGCGAUAUCCCAGAGCGAAGCUUACAAAGAGUGCCAGGGUCACCUGUGAUUGGUCAGCACAAUUGGCUCCAUGGCCAGGGAUUUUACAGUGAUUCACCUGGAAUGAGCAGUCUCUUAACAGAUGACAGGCAGUUCAAAAUGUCACAUGACCUCCUGCUUGGAGCUCAACAGGUCUCUGCUCUUCAUGAUGAGGGCCAGGAGAUGCUUAAACGCAUGAUCCCCCCUGAACUCCCCUUUGAACAAUCAUUUGUUGCUGAUAACCUAACAGAUCAUUGGAGGCUGCCAUCACCAUCAUUUCCAGGAUGUGGGCUCCCUGCGUUUGACCAGCACAAGGAAGAGUAAUGCUCAAAUGAAUUAAUCCAGAAUUUCAGUAAUGUACUUUGCAUGUUAUUUAAAAAUAUUAAUUGUAAGAGCUGUAAAUGCUCAGGCCCAUGUAAAUAUUUGGAAUUUUAAAAAAAGCUCAAGUUUCGCACCAAUUAAUUGUUAGAUUGGGUAGGGAUUCUAAAUAAUGGUAACUUGCCAUAGUACAUAAACGCAGCGUUUAUUAUGCACUUUCAAUUUGACAAUAACAUAAGAAAUUGGUAGAUUAACGAUAAUAAUCAUGGCUCCUAUUUUUUUUUUUUCAAUUCCUUAAAAUAGUUUCUAAACAUUUGGGAUUUUAAACUAUUUCCAGGCAGUGACGCAGUAAUAUCCAUUUUGCUUCAUCUUCAAUUCUUACUCAUCCUCAAUUCUUAUUACGUUUUUUUUCCAGGUGAGCUUCAGAGUAACCUACACUUAACCUAAUGCUACAGUAUUUUCAUGAUCAUGGUACUAAUUUAUUUUUUAUCUUUGACAAAAAUACUUGCACUUUAUUUAAAAUUGCUAUGCAGUCCAGAUAUGCUACAAGUCAUAAAUUAAUAAUAAUGAAGAUAAGAGUAAUACGUGUAAUAUGUGCAAUUCGAUCAAUAGAUUUUCUUUCAAUAA